AUGAACAUUACAAAUAAUGAUGAGACAACAGUGCUAAUAUCUAGCACAGGUAUUCCUUCAGCUGUAUCUGACAAACGUUCACCUAAUCAAAGACGAUUAGCAGUGUAUAUUAUUCUUGCAAGCACUAUUUUUGAACGUUUAGCAUUUUAUUCAUUAGCAAUUAAUCUUGUUGUUACUCUAAAAUCUACCGAACCAAAUUGGGAUCCUUCAAAUAGUGCAACAGCUUCCUUUAUUUUUUU